AUGCGCCCAGUGGACGAACUAUCGACGGGCUCGGAAUCCGACUACGCCAACUCGUGGAUCACCUGGUUCUUGUCCACCAAGGGAAACGAAUACUUUUGCGAGGUCGACGAGGAGUACAUCUUGGACCGCUUCAACCUUACCGGCUUGAACUCGGAGGUCCAUCGAUACGGGAUGGCCCUGGACUUUAUCACCGAUUCUUUCGGUGUCGAAGACUUGGAUGAAGCUACUCGCGAAUCUGUCGAAGGCGCCGCCCGCCAUUUGUACGGCCUGAUCCAUGCACGAUACAUCAUCACCAGUCGAGGCCUAGCCAAAAUGCUCGACAAGUACAAGAAGGCGGACUUUGGACGGUGUCCGAGAGUGUUGUGCAACACGCAGCCAUUACUACCGGUGGGCCUAUCAGACACGCCGUAUUCAAAGGCGGUCAAGCUGUACUGUCCACGCUGCGAGGACAUCUACUCUCCCAAGUCCUCCCGGCACGGGACGAUCGACGGGGCCUACUUCGGUACGACCUUCCCCCACAUGCUGUUCAUGGUCUAUCCCAACAUGGUCCCCACCAAACUCUGGCGGCUCGGCACGAUCAGUAACUCCAAUCAGGGCGGGCCACCGGGCUCUGAAGUGGGCCAGAUGAUCGGCACUAGCUCUAAUAACACCGGCCAGACCGGCAGCUUGGAUAGUGCUUUGAAGGCCCAACGCUACAGGCCUAGAAUAUUCGGCUUCAAAGUUCACUCAAUCGCAAAACUACAGAGAUGGCAAGAAAGUCUCAGAGACGAACAAAUUGAGCGAUUGAAGAAGCUGGAAGAACAGGGAAACCUUAACUAA